AUGUCCUGCCAGCAGAACCAGCAGCAGUACCAGCCUCCGUCCAAGUGCCCUGCAAAGAGCCCAGCACAGUGUCUGCCUCCAGCUUCCUCUGGCUGUGCCCCAAGCUCUGGGGGCUGUGGCCCCAGCUCCGAGGGUGGCUGCUGCCUGAGUCACCACAGAUGCCGCAGGUCCCACUGUUGCCGGCACCAGAGCUCCAACUCCUGUGACAGGGGAAGUGGUCAGCAAGGCGGGGGCUCCAGCUGUGGUCACAGUUCUGGGGGCUGCUGCUGA